AAGGGUGAAUCGAACAAACCGACAGAAACUUGGCAACGGUGCUCGGCUUGUAGCAACUACGAUCGCUUCGUUUCUCUACCUACCAACGACCGAUGCGGCUAGGUACCUAGUCGAACGAGCGAGCUUCAAUUUGAAAACUGAGUUGAUUCUCUACCAGUGUGCAGUGCUUCAGUUGCCGCCGCCGGUGUAUUUUGUUUGGCGGAUGCGUGGUAGAAGUUAAGCGAAAAUAAUAAAAUCGGCCGUCAGAAGUUUGAUUUGAUAGAUUCCCGAAUCCGUCAAUCGAUGCCAAUGCCAAUGGCUUUAGAACAGCAAGAAAAUGUGCGAUUUGCGCGAACGAUUAGACGAUAUCCUUGCCUGUACGAUUAUACGAACAACAAAUAUUCGAGCCGGGCAGAUACCGACGCUGCAUGGAGAGAUAUUUCGACGGAAUUCAAUGCACCAGUGCGAGAGUGCAAAAUCAGAUGGAAAAACAUCCGCACUGUAUUCCGAAGGCACUUGUUCGGAAGUGUCGGGCCUGCACCCAAGAAGGAGUAUUAUCUGAGUGACGAACUUAAGUUUUUGUUACCUUCGCUAAGAGUAUCGAGAAAACACCGAGGUGAUCACUCCAAAUUUGAUGAUGACGAACCGGAGAUGUCCGUUAUGGUGGAAAUGGAGCAGAACGAUACCGAAUCCGAUGAUCCGACAGCGUCUUUAGCGCCAUCCGAAUCGCCAAUUCCGAUUACCGACUUACAGAGGGCACAUACAGAAGAUCAAGACAUGCUCAGUGAUUUCGAUCGAAGCCAUAAAUCCCGGGAUCUGGCUAGCGAAGUUGUCAAACCUGCUUACAAUUACCAGCCUACUGUAAGAUCCAGAUCCGAAAGUGACUAUGGUGGUGGAUACGGACAGGACGCAUUGGCUGACAAAUCGGACGAGUUGUUCCUGCUAAGUUUGAAAGAUGACAUGCGGCGUAUGAGUUCGCUUCAGAAACGCAAGUUUAAGCGAAGAAUUUUUGACAUAAUUGACGAGGUGAUGGAUAAAGGCGAACGCGUGCCUAAUGGUGCGCAAGCAGAACCAACCAAUGAGCAACUUGCACAACCGUCAAUCGUAAAAGUAGAGGAAAAUGUUUUUUAAACUAAAGAUAACGUGAUUUAGAUAGUUUCAUAACAAUAAAAAUAAUAAAAAAGAU